AUGUCAUUUCGUAGCGAUGAGUCGCGUCGUUACGGCCAUGUGCCGCCAGCGCAAUAUCCCGUCGCCCCUCCCCCGCAGGAGCCCGCCGGAUAUCCCGCGCGACGCCCUAGUUUCAACAGUGGCGACGACGCCAACUUCUUCGACCAGCCUGCUGCCCGACCGCAGCAACUCUAUACAGCGACAAAUUCUGGGAGGGCCGACGAGGAACUCUUCAUAACCAGCCCCACCGCCGAGCACCAGUCUGCCGGGAACCGAGCGAGCUACAUCCCGCAGAAUGCUGCAGCAGCCAGCUAUCAACGGCAAUACCAUGUUCAAGCUCCACCGCCGCCGCCGUCACAUUCCACAUAUAACCCCCAGGCCUUCGCCCGUUCGCAGUCGGCCUCACUGCCAUACCACCCCGCCCAGAACUUGAGGCACACGCCGUCGAGCCCGACAUAUGCCGCGCCUCCAACCAACUACACGCCACAGGCGUACAAUCCGGCAGCAUAUGCGAACACCAACGCGGCACUCCCCCAAAGACAUUCCACCGUUGCUGGGUACAACAAUUACGGCUACGGCAACUACAACACGCCCCCCGUCCCCCAUGUGUCCACGGCCUACGUCGCUCCCCCGUCUUCAACUUACGGCGGGUCGCAACCUUCGUCGGCGACGACCCCUUCGGCUCCGCAACGCUAUGAGCCAGCAUUGCAUAGUCCGCAAUAUGCGCCAUCCGCAGCGCAACCCCCGGUGGCGCCACAAUACGAACCGUCUUACUCCACAGGUUAUGGCGCCCAACAGUACUCGGGAUCGUCAUAUGCCAGCAAUGGUGUCACGGCCGCACCGAGCUCGCAUGUGCCGUAUCCUGUGCAUUCCCAGAUUCCCGUUGGCCCUAAUUACUCGCCUGACCCGAAUUCUUUCUCGAACCGGGUGUCUCGAUCUGGUUCGCAGCCAUCGCCGAUACCAUCCCCUCCGAGCCGCACGCAAGCCUCUCCCCAAAUUUCCAGACAUCCCACGAAUGCGCCGCUUCCUAGUCGCCCCAUGGACGACUUGCCAGAGGAGCCAGACUGGAGAGUUAACGGUGGCGGCGAAGAUGAUUUCCAAGUGACGCAAGACAACCUGAUCCAAGAUAUCGUCUCGGAUUUGGGGGUGUCCCCGCACAGCCAACGUCCCCAGCCCUCCAACGGCACCGUAUCGGAUGAUAUUUUGGGCAAGACCCAGCGGUACAACUCGACCUCAUCGAGAACUACCUCCGACACCGGUGUGAACCGGUACCCUUCUAAUGCGUCUUCCGCCAUGAAUAACACCGCAGCUUCGACCAACACCACCUAUACUUGGGAUUCUGAGGAAAGCGAUCCCGAGGGUGCAGCCGGUCUGCUAGCCAUGCAGGACGAUAUGGACGAUCGAAGAUUCGGCGGGAUAACCUUCCCCGCAUACAUGGAGCCACUCGCUCCGCCACCGCAGCAGCUUCAGCAGCAAGCCCAGCAACCACCGCAGCAACCACCGCAGCAACUACCGCCGCCUCCGCCCCAGCAACCACCUCAGCAGCAACUCCAACAGCACUCUCAAACCCCCUCUCCACUCCCCCCACCCCCGGAGGAGCAGCAAGGCACAGACAGUGAUUACGGUGGAACGAUGGACCUUGCUAUGUACGGAGGUGGGUAUGCCGGAAACCUGCAUUACGGCAACGAGCUCGGUUCUCCACCCACAACCGCCCACAGUCAAGACGGCCCUCGUCCGCUGCCGACGCCUCAGGGCCAAGGCGCCGAGCAUCCUCCAUUCUCCGAUGUGUCGGUCGAUUAUGGUGGCACUGGUGGCCUCCUCCCGCCUCAAUCUCAUCGUCUUAGCUUUGAUGACGGCGAUGAGCGAGUGUCUCUCCAUUCGCGACAUAGCGGAAGCGAUUCUCCUUCCAAAGAGGACUACCCCUAUGACCAAAUGUUUUGGCACCCUGGCCUUUCCAACCGCCCAUUGCCUGCCAUCCCUCCCCAAACCCCAGACGGCAACUCCCAUCUGUCCCCCCAACCCUCGGUCAGGUCUAACUAUCAACACAACCACUCCCUGAGCGCAGACUCGAGACUCCCAUACCCUCCCGAUACCCCCGAGACCCACCAUGAGCAGAUCGUCAGCCAGCAGCAGCAAGUCGAGAGGUCAAUAUCGCUCUCGAGUCACAGCAACACACCCCCGAUUCAGGCACCGGCCCGGUCCCGAACAGACGCUGCUGAGGAGCGCAGGCGAGCGAUGAAACACAUGUCGCAGCCGCAAGCACAAGCUUACCAGCAGGGAGCAACGGCACCCUACGAGGGUUACGAAACAGGGACACCGUCGUCAAUGGCCGCCUACGACAUGAUCACACUACCCACCGGCAGGAGAAAGAAGUUUGUGCCUUCGAAACUCACAGCUGCGGACAUCAAGCGUUGCGCAGAGCCCUGGGCUCUCAGUGGCAUUACCUACUGGGUCCGAGAGAUGGCAGAGGGUGAACCGGAUCUGAAAAGGAAGACGAUAGAGGAAGGUGUCCUCAAGCUCUUCUGCGCCAAAGUUCCGACAAUGAACGUCGCCGACGCGGAACUGCUGAGCGCCAGGGUGGUUGACUCCAUGUUCUCAGCCGGUAUCUUGAUUCCCGAGGAAGAAUGGGUCAAGUUCGGGACGGGGCAGCUUUCAGGUGUGUUGUGGCAGCUCACCGGCUCCGGGUGUUUUGCGCCCAAGUUGCACGAGGAUGAGGGUCUCGCGCCCAGGCUGCACGACAACGGCAUCCCUGUGAGAUGCUACUCGCACCACUGUGGCAGGACGCUCAAGAAGGCGAACCUAGACAACAUGAUGUCUGAGGAGGACGUCGUGGUUUUGGAUUGGGCUACCUUUCAUGGCGUCACCAAAGAUGACAUCAAAUCGAAGCAUAAGAAGGAAGUCGAACGGCAAAACGUGCUGCACGAGAUCGUCACGGGUGAGGAAGACUACAUGGGUCAGCUCGAUGUGCUCCGACUGCUGUACCGCGACUGGCUUCGGGCUUGGCAACCCCCCAUCAUUGCGGCGAAUCGGAUGGAUAAAUUCCUCGACGCGGUAUUUGGCAGGGUGGAUGCUGUCCAGCAAAUCAACAAGGAGCACCUGCUCGCUCAGCUUAAAUAUCGGCAACAGGAGCAAGGCCCCUGGAUCGUCGGGUUCAGCGACCUGUUCAGAGAGUGGAUUCGGAAAGCCAGGCCAAUCUACGUCGAGUACUGCUCAUCGUUCCCCUAUGCCUCGUAUCUUGUUAGGAAAGAGGCCUCGCGAAACCUGCUCUUCCGCCAGUUUCUCGAUGUUGUCCGCGAUCACAAACGGUCUAAGCGUUUGGAAUGGACCACGUUCGUGAAGGCACCCAUCACCAGGCUUCAGAGAUACGGCCUCCUUCUCGAGACGGUUAAGAAGAAUAUGCUAGAGGAGAGUGAGGAGAAAACUAACCUGGAGAGGGCUUUGGAUGAGAUCAAGAAGGUCACGCAUGAGUGCGAUGAGAAGGUGGCCGAGAUGACGAGGAAGGUCGAGCUGCUCGAGCUGCAAUCUAUGCUGGUCCUGCGGCCCGGUUUCCAGUCUGUUCUGAACCUCGAUCACCUUGGGCGAGAGCUGCUCAAGCAGGGCGACCUUCAGCGGCAGGGUUCGAAAGGUGUCCGCUGGGUCGACACACAUGCCUUACUUUUUGACCACUACUUCAUUCUAUCCAAGGCCGUUCCCUCGAAGGACGGGAGAAGCGAUAAGAAAUACGACGUUUCCAAGGAGCCAAUUCCCAUGCCACUGCUCUUCCUCGAGAGUUUAAAUGAUGACCCUGUUGCAAAACAGAAGAGCCUGACAGCUCCCUUGACAAGGACUACGGCCACGACUGGCUCGGGGACACAACUCAAUAAGGUGGCCUCUAACGGGGGCGAGCGGCCCGGACUUGAGCACACGGCAACCGGCUCUUCUAUAGCGUCGCUCAACACGGUAUCCCGGCUCACAUCGGCGGGUGCGGACGACGGAAAGAUUAUCUAUCCAUUCAGGAUCAAGCAUCUCGGUCACGAGAUUUAUACGCUCUAUGCAUCGUCGGCUCAAGAACGCGCCACUUGGUGUUCGGCCAUCAUUGAAGCCAAAACUAGGCAUGCCAGAGCGCUCCACGCCCAAAAUGCCGAGCCAUUCCGCCUGCGCGUUAUUUCAGACUGUGCUUUUGCGUACGAUUCGGCGUCGCUGCUAGGAAGGCAACCCAGCGUGUCCAUCAGAGGUACACCUUUGGACAGAGCGAUCCGAGAGAUGGAGCAGAUUCAUGGACCAGGGAGGGGCCCGCCGCCGGUCUCGCGGGCGACGGUGAACUGCGCCUGCGCUUUCACGUCGUUCGGAAAGUCGCUCAUCGCCAUCGGAACCGACUAUGGUGUCUACAUAUCCGAAGUCUCGAACGCUCGGGGAUGGGUGAGGUCCGUCCAGAUCAGCAAGGUCACGCAGAUUGCCGUCCUGGAGGAAUUCUCUGUCUGUCUCCUGAUCGCAGACCGGUCGUUGAUAUCGUACCCGCUCGACGUGAUUGCGCCAGUUUCUAACUUCGCUGCACCAUCACACGACAAUCCGCGCCGGGCGCCACAGCGUCUUGCCAAGGACGUGGCAUUUUUCGCUACGGCCCGUAUGAAGGACCGGAUGCUUUUGUUCUACAAGCGCAAGGAGGGUAUGCACAACACCUUCAAAGUGCUCGAGCCGGUGUUCCAGAAGGCGACAGAGAAACGAUCCCGCCUCUUCAGUAGCCGCCGAGCCGGUGCUGGGGCGACCGAGUCCUUCCGGGACUACGACGCCUUCUACAUCCCGACCGACUGCUUCUCGCUGAACCUCUUCCAGAACUACAUCGCGGUGGCGACGUCCAAGGGCUUCGAACUACUCACGCUAGACAAGAAAGUUACGCAGUCGAUCCCGCGCGACCUCAACCAACCCGCCAUCGCCAACAUCGCGUCGCGCAUCAAGGAGCCGCACCCGCUCGGCAUGUUCAAGCUCAACGACCAAGAGUUUUUGCUCACGUACGACGACUGUGCCGUCUACGUCGACAAGCACGGUGAGAUCAGCCGCACCCUCAUCAUGGAGUACUCGGGCAAGCAGCGCAAGGCCAAGGCCGCCACCAUGUUCGGCCAGUACCUGUUGCUCUUCAACGACGACUAUGUCGAGGUGCGCAACGCUGAGAACGGCCGCCUCCGCCAGAUCAUCGCCGGCCGCGACGUCCGCUGCCUGGACUAUGGCUUCCGUGGCCCGACCGGCUCGGGGGCCCAGGCGGGGCUGCAGCCCCCAGCUCAGCAGGACUCGAAGGGCACGGUGAAGAUCUGCAUGAGCCAUCCGGAGAUUCCGGGCGGGCAGAUCGUGCUGGAGAUGUUGCUGAAUGAUGGGCAUGCGGAGUAG